AUGUUGUGUAGUUCGACCAUACACCAGCGAUGGAAGGCAUGGGGGUCCAGGCACCAUAUCACACAGAGUACACUGGGAACGACGGGGAUUGUGGUGAUGACGGUUAUGGGGGAGCCACAAUUCCUCCCUGGGAGCCAGACAACACGAGCCACACCACCAGUUACACGGCCAGCACCAGUCAGCCACUGAACAACGGAUCUGCGUUCAUGCAGCGACCUCUAGCGACGCACGAAACACCUACGCUAGGGUCUAGAGGUAACAUGGGUAAGAAAGGCCAUCGCCCGACCUCGACCGGACUCUACAUGAGAGUCAACGAACAAACGGUGCCCUUUCAACGCCUACGGCAGGCUCCGCACCCAAAACUCAACGAACUUCAGAACUCUAGUCGAAUGAAACGACGCUUGACUGCAGGAAAGGGAAUAGGGUGUGUGGACAAGGCGCCAAUCUCGUCCGAAUAUGGCUCGAUGUACACCAAGACGUACGGAGCAGCACCAAGGUCGUCACCGGGUUCUUACAAGAACAAGGUUUACUGGUAUGAAGACAAGCUACAGAAGGUCACGUCCAAACCACUCCGGGUAUCAUCCAAGGCUCCUGUGUAACAGCUGAACACCAAGCAGUCGAUGAAACAAAUUAUCAAAAGAGGCGAUAUUUCUUUCGAAAUUAUUUUUCAGUUGACGACAGUGUUUACUUGAGCCCAAACUGUACCAAUCAUACAAAUUGAAGCAGUCCAAUAUGAAUAUGUUAUCGUAAAACGUUGAAAAAGAGAAAGGCGGGACUUUUCACACACUUGUUGGUGUGAAUCGUAAACAGCAUUUUUUGUGUGUUUGACAAAUCUGAUUUUAAUCACUAUACAAGAAGUGCCGUUUGGAUAUAUUACACAAGCAAAAAAAUAUUCUUCCUAAUUGUAUCACAGUGUGUGGCAUGUGUAACAUUACCUU